AGAAAUUGUGAAACGAAUAAUUGACUUGACUUGAUUAUCUAUGGAUGGAUUAUUUUAAAAAUCGUUCAAAAUGUGGAGAAAUUUUCAAAAUCUUGUUGGAAAAUGUGUAAAUAACCAAAUAUGUUCCUUAAAAGUGUGGGAGAAUUUUCCCAAAAAUCUAAUUAAAACAAAUCCGAAUAUCAGAGGCAUCAGGGUUUCAACUCCAUCGUUGAUGUUUAUACAAACGCAGGAAACGCCAAAUCCUAAUAGUUUGAAGUUUAUUCCAGGAAAUCAAGUUUUGGAACCUGGACAAACUAUGGAUUUUCCAAGAGUUCAAGAUGCAUAUUGCAGUCCACUGGCUAAGUUAUUGUUUCGGAUUGAUGGCGUUAAAAGUGUAUUUUUGGGUCCAGAUUUUAUAACAAUUUCGAAGGCAGAUGAUGAAACAGAGUGGAAAAUUUUAAAACCUGAAAUAUUUGCUACAAUUAUGGAUUUUUUUGCUAGUGGCUUACCAGUUCUCAGUGAAGGCAAACCUAAUUCAGAUACUCAGAUUCACGAAGAUGAUGAUGAAACUGUCCAAAUGAUUAAAGAACUACUUGACACAAGAAUUCGGCCCACAGUUCAGGAAGAUGGAGGGGAUAUAGUAUUUAUGGGGUAUGAUGAUGGGGUUGUCAAAUUAAAAAUGCAAGGAUCAUGCACUAGUUGCCCUAGCUCUGUGGUAACACUGAAAAAUGGAGUACAAAAUAUGCUGCAAUUUUAUAUACCCGAAGUAGUGGCAGUGGAACAAGUUUUUGAUAAAGCUGAUCUUGUGUCUGAAACACAUUUUGAUAAUGUGGAGAAAAUAAUUAAAGAAAAUUCAGCAGAAAAGUAAACCUCAAAUUUGAUGUAAUUACUGU